GACGUCAUUUCCGGCGCGCCGAAGGGAGAAGGCAAGAUGUCGGGCCCGAGGCUGGAGCUGGGCCCCGCCAAGGAACCGCUGGGGAUGGUGCGGGGGCUGCAGUGGUUUUUCUCCAUUUUUGCCUUCGCCACCUGCGGGGGUUACGGGGGCAACGUCUCCUUCCGCAUCAGCUGCAACGGCCAAUCAAACGCCACCGUCACCGCCUCCUUCGCCUACCCCUUCCGGUUGAACCAGGCCGUCUUCACGCCUUCCUUGACCCACCUGUGCAACAACACGUGGCGAGAAGAUGUCCACCUGGUGGGCGACUUCUCCUCCUCGGCCCAGUUCUUCGUGACGGUGGCCGUCUUGGCCUUCCUCUACAGCAUGGUGGCCCUCGGCGUCUACCUGGGCUACCUCCACCUCUACCGCGGGGCCGGGGGGAAGCUGCCCCUGCUGGUGAGUCCAGCGUGGUCUUCAUCCCCCCAUCGUGGUCUUCAUCAAUCUAUUCUGAUCUUCUUCAUCCCUCCACCGUGGUCUUCAUCCCUCCAUCAUGGUCUUCAUCCAUCUCUUCUAGUCUUCAUCCAUCCCCCCGUCGUGGUCUUCAUCCAUCUAUUCUGGUCUUCUUCAUCCCCCCCGUCGUGGUCUUCUUCAUCCCCCCCGUCGUGGUCUUCUUCAUCCCCCCCGUCGUGGUCUUCUUCAUCCCCCCCGUCGUGGUCUUCAUCCAUCUCUUCUAAUCUUCUCCAUCCAUCCGUUUUGGUCUUCUCCAUCCAUCCUGGUCUUCAUCCAUCCAUCAAGCCAGGUCUUCUUGCACCCACCCAGAUCUUCUCCAGCCAUUUCUCCACCCUGGUCUUCUCCAUCCACCCAUCCAUCUUGGUCUUCUCCAUCCACCCUCCUAUCCAUCCACCCGUCCAGGUCUUCUCCAUCCCUCCGCCUGUCCACCAAGGUCUUCUCCAUCCAUCCAUCUAUCCAUCCCGGUCUUCUCCAUCCACCUAGAUCUUCUCCAUUCUUCCACCCAGGUCUUCUCUAUCCAUCCAUCGUGGUCUUCUCCAUCUCUCCACCCACCCACCGAGGUCUUCUCCACCCACCCAGGUCUUCUUCAUCUGUUCUUCUGUCCAUCCAUCCCCCCACCCAGGUCUUCUCCACCCACCCACCCAGAUCUUCUCCAUCCCUCCAUCCAGGUCUUCUCCAUCCUUCCAUCCACCCACUCAGAUCUUCUCCAUCUCUCCAUUCAGGUCUUCUCCACCCACCCAGGUCUUCUCCAUCCCUCCAUCCUGGUCUUCUCCACCCACCCAGGUCUUCUCCAUCCCUCCAUCCUGGUCUUCUCUAUCCACCCAGGUCUUUUCCACCCAUCCAUCCACCCACCCAGGUCUUCUCCAUCCACCCACCCAGGUCUUCUCCAUCCUUCCAUCCACCCACUCAGAUCUUCUCCAUCCCUCCAUCCUGGUCUUCCCCACCCACCCAGAUCUUCUCCAUCUCUCCGUUCAGGUCUUCUCCACCCACCCAAGUCUUCUCCAUCCCUCCAUCCUGGUCUUCUACACCCAUCCAGGUCUUCUCCAUCCCUCCAUCCACCCACUCAGAUCUUCUCCAUCUCUCCGUUCAGGUCUUCUCCAUCUCUCCAUCCAGGUCUUCUCCAUCCUUCCAUCCACCCACUCAGAUCUUCUCCGUGUCUCCAUCCUGGUCUUCUCCACCCACCCAGCUCUUCUCCCCCCACCUCCUGCCCCACGCUUGGAUGAAGACCCACCUCGUUGACCCACAGCUCCCCCAAAGCCCCGUAGGGUCUCCCCGAGGUGGCCUCCCAUACCUUGGUCUCCAACACCCAUCACCCUUUGCGCCCUUGUGGGGCAUCAUGGGAGUUGUCAUCUGGGUCCUGCC